AUGUCAGAUGAAAAACAAUAUGUCCCAUGGGUAAACCUUGGUAAAUCAGGUUUAAAAAUUUCCAAUGUUAUCAUUGGUGCAAUGUCAUUUGGUUCAAAAGGUUGGAUGGAAUGGGUUGAAGAUGAUGAAGAAAAAAUCUUUAAAAUUUUGAAAAAAGCUUAUGAUCAUGGUAUUAGAACUUAUGAUACAGCUGAUGCUUAUUCAAAUGGUUUAUCAGAAAUUAUUUUGGGUAAAUUCUUGAAAAAAUAUAACAUUGCAAGAGAUAAGGUUGUUAUUUUAACAAAAGUUUUCGGUCCAGUUGAUGAAAGUUUAGGUCAUGACUUUAUGUUCUUUACAGAUAUUAAAACUGAAGAAGAUGCUAUUAAUUUAGCAAAUAAUAGAGGUUUAUCAAGAAGACAUAUUUUGGAUGCAGCUGAAAAUUCUGUUAGAAGAUUAGGAACUUAUAUUGAUGUUUAUCAAAUUCAUAGAUUUGAUCCUGAUACCCCACAAGAGGAAACUAUGAAGGCUUUGAAUGAUGUUGUUGAAAAAGGUCUUACUAGAUAUAUUGGUGCUUCAACUACUCGUGCUGUGGAAUUUGUUGAAUUCCAACAUAUUGCUGAAAAAAAUGGAUGGCAUAAAUUUAUUUCAGUUCAAAGUUAUUAUAAUUUGAUUAAUAGAGAAGAUGAAAAUGAAUUAAACUAUUAUGCUAAAAAGACAGGUGUUGGUAUUAUUCCAUGGUCUCCAUUAGCUGGUGGUGUUUUAGCAAGAGAUGUUGAUUCUGACUCUAAUUUAACAAAAAGACAAAAAGAUGAUAAAUUUGCGAAUAGUAAUUUUAAUUAUAUUUUAAAAGGUGAUGAUCCAGAAAAAGCUGCUGAAGUUGCAAUCAUUAAAAGAAUUGGUGAAAUUGCAACUAAAAAAAAUGUUUCAAGAGCAGCUAUUGCUACAGCUUGGGUUAUUCAUAAAGGUGCUCAACCAAUUGUUGGAUUAAGUUCUGAAAAAAGAGUUGAUGAUUUAAUUGUUGGUGCCAAUUUGAAAUUGGAUGAAGAAGAUGUCAAAUAUUUGGAAGAACCUUAUAAACCAAGAGCUAGAGUCUCACAAUGA